UCCUUCGUCAAUGACCAUUUAUAGUCUGUAUAUCUAUGAUAGGCAUUGUACCUGCGUGUAUUAUCAUGAUUGGCACAGAACCCGUCGCCCAAAACUUGCCGUAGAAGGAGGCAUCCUUCCGGCAGUUUCGCAAGCAGUCGUUGCUCUUGCCGCAGAGACUAAUUCCUCCACGCUCACAAUAUAUUCAAGUCCCAGAAACACCUUGACAUCUGCUUCAGGUGUCGUUGUCGCUGUCAACGAAAUGAAUGCCCAAUCCGCAGUCUCUCCAUUACUGCAAGCCCCUCCAUCUCCGGUUGGGAUAUCGAGCACCGGUUUAGCCUUUGAUGAAGAAGUCAAGCUUGUGUAUGGCGUCGUACUCUCUCUUCGGAAUAUGAUCAAGAAGCUGUCCGGCAGAGACGAGCAAUUCUUGAACUAUAGGACCUCCGCCUAUAAGCUGCAUUUGUUCGAGACCCUUUCCGGAUACAAGUUUGUGAUGUUGAGCGAUCCCGGAACUGAAUCUCUGCGAUUUGUCCUCCGUCAGAUAUAUGUCGGGCCUUUCCUUGAAUAUGUGGUCCGAAAUCCCCUUGUCAACAUGGAUUCGAAGGAGUACGGCAUCGAUAAUGAAUAUUUUCGCACCAGUGUAGACCGUAUGAUCAGAGGCUCGUCGUUCUUUCCUUAACACCGCUGUUUAAGUCAAUAAAGAUACUGAAAAUCACUAAUAU